AAGGCACGUAGCACAACUACGAGUAGUGCUAGAUGCGCGCUCGGCGUCGACCAAUGAGAGGGCGGCGCGGGAGCAUGGAUGGACCAUAGGAUGCGCGUCUCGGCGCUCAUACUUCUGCUGAUCUCUAAUACAUACACAUUCUCACCUGAAAUAGAUGGUCCGGUGGUGAGCCAAGAAGCCAUCGAAGGCCGCAACACCUCCCUCCACUGCGACACCUCGCUCGAGACGUCCACAGAUGAGCUGAUGCUGCUCGUAUGGUACAAGAAUGACGUACCCAUUUACAGUUUCGACUACCGCGGGAGCUCCGAAUGGUCCAACGACCUGUUUAACAGCACCGGCCGACUUAAGGCCGAUCUUGACCGUCAGCCAACCGUCCUGACAGUGUCAGCACUGAGGGAAGAUGACCAGGCCUUGUAUCACUGCCGGGUGGACUUCCUUCAGGCUCCGACGAGGAAUCUUGGAGUUAAUUUGACUAUAGUUGUGCUGCCAAGUAAACCGUUCUUCUUCGAUGAGUUGGACAACAAGGUUGAGGACAAAAUCGGGCCCUACCACGAAGGAGACACGCUGGUGCUGAAGUGUCUCGUCAUCGGAGGAAGCCCCCCACCCCGCAUCAGCUGGUACUCCGGCGAGACCCUCAUCGACGCGUCAGACGAGGACAGCGACAUCCCGCUGAUGAGGGAGAACGAGCUAUAUCUGCCUCUCACUCGGGACAACGCCGCGGGACUGUCUUGUCGCGCGACAAAUACGAAACUAGCGCCACCUGUCGUCGCUACACUACAAGUCAAGUUGUAUUUGCCCGCCUACAACGUGUCAAUCCACUGGGUAUCAGGCACCCUCGGUGACGCGUUACAAGCCGGCAGGCCAGCUAUAGUCCAAUGUACCGCCCACGGCUCCAACCCCCCCGCCGACCUAGCCUGGUGGAUGGACCAUAAGCAUCUCACACAGCAUAGUAAUCAGACCCUAAUAAACUCAACGAGCACAGCGAUAUCAUUUCUCCAACUUUCGCCCGGUGUUUUAGACGACGGCGCCACAUUGGCCUGCGUGGCGACCAACGUCGCGAUGGCGCCCAGUCGAGGCGCCAAGGCCGACUUAGUGAAGCUCAACGUCACUUAUAGCCCAAUCGUAGAGGUGUCAAUAGCAGGCGACGAGAACGGCAACAGAGUGGUAGAGCUGGACCCUCUGCAUCUACAGUGCGAGGUCAAAGCCAACCCGCCUGUGGAGCGGUUCCUUUGGUAUUUUGACGAUGUGGAAAUCCAACCCGGUGAUAUCUGGGGUACAAACACAUCGUCACCGACUCUAUUAGUGGAGGAGGUAUCAAAGCACCAUGCAGGCCGAUACGCCUGCGAGGCCGUCAACAGUGUUGGCCGGACGAGGGCACAGCAUGUCACAAUUAUUGUGAAUUAUCCACCAGAAUGCGACAACGGCGUCGUCGUCGUCAAAGAAACCCUCCACUGCAGCGUCAAAGCGCUCCCGACCCCAGACACAUACUUCUGGCACAUCUACCCCACCGGCUUCGACAUCCAGCAGCUCACGACCGGCUCGGCCAUCCUCCCCCUGUCACAAGUAACCGCCCCGCUGUCCGGGACAGUUAAAGCCACGUGUGAGGCGAGCAAUGGGGUGGCGUCGCAAGAGGUGCCGUGUGAGAGGGCGCUGAGCUUGGAGCAUUUGAGGCCGCAGCAGCCGCAACAGUGUGAUCUGGCUUAUGAGUACGAGGAGUUUCAGAUGAGAUGUGUGCCAGUGGAAAACGCUACCCAUUACGAAGUAUCCGUCUGGCGCAUGUCCAACUCCAACACCUCCCUCGUCCUCGAGCACCGAGCAGCCAUGGGUUUCGGCUCAGGCCAGGCCAUGGCACAAGGCGAAGCCCCCUGGCUACUCCGAGGGGCCCUAGGGAAACUUAAGGCGGGGGAUGAGGCCGGGGCUUCGGCGUGUAAUCGCUAUGGAUGCUCGAGGGCGCUGCUGUUGAGGCCAACGGAGAAUUUGCUGACGGCGUCCGCGCCGCCUUGGUGGGAAUUCCUCGUCGAGAAAGACGUGGCCAUAUCCGUCGGCGCAGUGGUGCUAGUCGCCGCGUUCCUCAUCUCCACGUUCCUGGUGGUCCGGCUGGCGCGGCGCACGCGCAGCAAGCCGCCGGCGCCUGUCAUACAGGUGCUGCAGCUAGACGACAUAGCGAGGGACUAUCUGGAUACUAUUGGAGAGAACAAAGUCCGAGCAUCCUGCAGCCUGCGCUCCUGCUCCAGCGUGUACUCCGAUGGUUCCGAAGCGAGCGCCCCCACCAUCGACCGGAGAAGAAAACCUUUGUGGAUAACUCAAUACGAAGCCCCGCCGCCAGAUGUCACUCUAACUCUACAUAGGGAAAGUGCCGUCUGAAAUGAACUGUUUAAAUAUUUUCUAGUUAGUUUUAAAUGCAGUUGUUAAA